AUGGAAAUCCUCAUAAACUCAAAGGGAUUGAUACUCCAUCAAACCGACUAUGCUAGUGAGAUUCUUAAGAAAUUCAAUAUGUUAGAUUGCAACUCAACCAUCACUCAUGCAGAUGCUAACAUCAUAUAUGAAGUAAAAGAAGAAGAUGAAGGUGUUGAUCCAACUAUGUUCAGAAGGCUCAUUGGUUCAUUGAGGUACUUAUGUCAAAGCAGACCAGGCAUAAGCUACUUAGUUGGAAUUGUUAGCAGGUUCAUGAGUAACCCUCUAAAAACUAAUUUCUUAUCAGCUAAGAAGAUUCUAAGAUACAUAAAUAGUACAUUGCAAUAUGGAAUUUUAUUCCUUGUGGUACAAGCAACUGAGCAGCUCGACAUGGAAGGCUAUUCAGAUGCUGAUUAG